AUGUCAACACUCAAUAUUGAAUAUUUUGAUAGACUCAUUGUCACUGUGAAACAAGCAAAUGACAUUGUUCCUAUGGAUGAUAACGGUUUCUCAGAUCCAUAUAUCAUCAUCUCUUAUGGUGGCAUCUCUCUCAUUUCUUCCGUCAAAUUAAAAACUUUAAAUCCAAUUUACAAUGAAACCUUUAUUUGGAUACUCGAUCGACAAUUUCAAAAUAGGAAUUUAAAAUAUUUGAAACAAUUACAACAACAACAACAACAACAACGAAACAACCAUCCCAACUCCUCCAUUGAGAAUAACAACAACACUAAAAUCAUUCACAAGAAACUUUUAAAUUCUCGACGACAAGAUCAUUCUCUCAUUCCCUGUGCAUUUUUCAUUAGUUCCACCAAUCACGAUGCAUCACUUCAUCAUCUUGAUCAUUCGAUCACCUCAAAGAAAAGAUCAAGUCUGAACAACCACUCAGUGAAUGAAACUCCACGAGGAGUAAACAUUUCAAAACAUGUCUCACCAAAUAUUUUAAAUUCUGGUACUUUCGAAUGGACACGUUUGAAUGUUUCAACACAUGAAAUUCAAUUACAACAAAUCAAAAAUUCACAUUACAAAAUUCCAACUAAUCGAUGUAAAUUGGAAAAUUCAUUCAUGAUUACUUCUCCAUCCAAUGAAAAUAUUUAUCUUAUUAAUACUCAACUAUUAGAUGUAGUGAAAUUUCAAGUGUGGGAUAAAGAUUUUUUAGGAGAUGAUGAUUUUUGUGGAAGUGCUGAAUUGAGUGCGAGUCAUAUUUUGAAUAGUGACAAUUCCAAGUUUACACUUAAAUUGAAACAUGUGAAAAGUGGUGAAUUAAUUUUAACCGCUCAGUUUAAAUUCUCUUCCUUGUGUGAUUAUCCAAAUGAAGAAGACACUCUGAACGAUGAAAAAGAUGUUGUGAAUUCUAAAAGAUAUAGCACCACCACAGAUCUGAAUGAUCUUGUCCAUGUGGUUCGUGAACAUGAUGCUGUCACUACCAAUUUACCAAAUCUGAAUUUCCAACAAGAAACUCCUCACACAACAAUGAAUGCACUCGAAAGUGUUCAUUCAACACCCAUUUCAAGUUCCAACUAUCAAAAAAGUGAAUUCAUCAAAUACAUUGGAAAUAUUACAUAUCCUUUGGGUUGGAAAGUGGAAAAAAUUGAUGAAAUGAGAAUAUUGUGUCGAUCUCCAACAGAGCUUUUUGAUGAGUAUCAUCGAAGUGAUUUUUUCAAAAUUGAAUUAGAAGUUGGUUUAUUAGAUAUGAGAGAAGUCUAUGUGACUAGUAGUGGGAAAUUUAAGAAUUUUACUGAAAUUCCACUCGAGAGUUCUUCCAAAUUAGGAUAUCACUAUUAUACUUUUUUAUUCCAGUAUGAAGAGUCUGGAAACAAAUUAUUUCAAUAUGUAUGUGUGAUUGAUAUUGGAAGUGCUUGUGCCAUUGUCGUACGAUACAUCUCCAAUUGUGCGUUGAAAAAUCAACAUCUCGUUCAUCAAGUGGUUGCCAAUUCUGAUUUUGUCAAAGGCUCUCAAAUGUUUAAUGUCAUUUAUUGGGAUGUGUUUGAGCACUUGUGGGUGAGAAUACCUUUUGGAUGGCAGAAUGGUCAUGAAGGAGAAGGAGAAGGUCGAGUGGUCGUGUUCAACAGUCCUCUCGAAUUGAGAGAGAGUGAGAAAAUGAUCUUCCAUUCACACCCUCGAAAGAGUGCUGCAGCUUUGGAAGGACAAGAUGGAACACACGAACGCCUCAAACAGGAAAAUUCACCUGUUGUUGUCGUUGUGGAUCGAUUUGAAUUGGCACUACUCACACAAUCUUCUCAUGACAUGUCUCAACAGGAUGUUUCAGAGUUUGUGAAAAGCUUGAUUCUUGAGGAAGGUGUAGAGGUGCUGAGCGAAUGGAAACCCUUUGAUCAAACACAACAACACAAAGAUGUUGAACUCGGUUCGGUUAAAGAAGAAGACAGUGUUGAUCCUCCAAAGCGAAAGAAAGAACCAAACUCAACGACAAGUGUCUACAAGAACUACCUUCAAAUAAGGUAUAACACGGGAGUUUCUGACCUUACUCAAAACAGUUCAUCUCUUACUAUUUACGAAUUGGUCAUGAUUAUUCACAGAGUAGAUAGAUUCGGGCACAAGCAGCAACACCAUGUUUGGAUGUUCUCUUACAAAUCGUCCAUAAAGUGUGGAGAGGUGUAUCGGGAUUUGUUUUUCGAAAUGGCCAGAGAAAUGAAAUUUCCAUCAGUGGACGAAGGACAAUGA